UCUGCACUGAAAUAACAAUUAUUUGGCAUGUUGAAUAAUAAAUCUCUUAUUAAACAUUUUGCUGUGUAAUAUCACUGAGUAUUUUACUUGUCAUUUGUAUUUCGACUCACCCUAGCUACAGGCUCGUCAAAAUAUGGCACAAUUAACUCUUAAAAAUACUCAGCGAUACCACACAACAAAACUUCUAAUAAUAUAUAUCUAUCCACUGAAGUGGAGGUGGUCAGCAGUAGAGAUAUUUUAGUGAGCCAUCAAGCAAAAAGGUAAAUAUCCUCCCCAACCUACUGACACUCGAUGAAUAGUUCUUCAGUAUAGGCUAACACAGUGAGAUAAUGUUGCACAAAAAGAUGAUUUUAACCCUUGUAUUCCUGUAACUGCAUGAGUUACAAUAAUUUCGAGUCCAAAUCCAGUGGAGUUGCUUGGUGGUGAAUAGCAAAGGAUAUUCAGAGUUUGAGCAGCCAAUCAGGGCACACCUUUGAUGCUGUCCACUGUUUUAGUUUACAGUUAUUUACCGCAGCUGAAGUGAAUAUAGGCGGAUAUUUACUGAGCUGCAAAGCCGCAUGUAAAUAUCCACCACUCUCUCUGACACCAACUUGAAGGUGAAUAAUUUUCUUCGUAUAUACCACACAGAAACCAAAAAAAAAAAUUUAAUUGCUGUCAAUAUACCAAAAAAAGCUGGUAUAUUUUAGUUGUUAAAAACUUCUUAGUCUGCCAAGCAACCUGCUAUAUAAAAAAAAAAGUAAAAUAGAAAAUUAAAUGAAGUGCACCAAUCUGGGAAUGCUGCAUUGCAAAGAGCUUUCACGUGUGUGCCACACAAAUGAGGGAUCUUAUCAUUCCUACAAAGGUUGAAUGAUUCAAUUUGGCAUGUACUGUUAGGGUUGUUUUCCAGUAAAUAGUCUCAAUUUUAACACCAAAGUAGUCUUUGUUUGGAAUUUAGGUUUCUGUAUCUUCAUAGAUUGAGGAGUUUUUGUUUUAAGUUUGAGUGUCUUUUGCCGAUCUAAUUGCAGCCCUUUAGUAAACCUUUUACGGUGACCAAUAUUCAUAUCAACAACUCAGUUGAUAAAAGCAAAUUAACUUGUAAUAAUCACCACCGAAAAAGCAGCACGGUUUCUGUCGUAAAUUGCUCCCUCUACCCCAGUGACUCCAUUUUGAAGAAUAAAGCACGCCGGGAACAGGGUAAUGCUUGGGCCAUGCUACAAACCCGAAGACUCUAAUUUGGUGUCUUCCGCUGACCACACAUCAAUCUUUACUUCCGUGAUUACUUCUGUUAUCCUUCUGUCAUACUUCCGCCUUCUUCCUCUUGUAGCAGUGCAAGGAAUUUCUACGUUGGUCUUUACGCACCGUUUUCGGCUACGAAGACCUUCCAGCAUGCACAAAUUCAACGUAACUGUAAACGAAUGCAGUAAUAUCGUAGUUGGGGAUAAUGCAAAUUUGACAAUUAGAGCGAGCAACGGAAUACCACAGCAACGUCAUGUUCCAGAGCAAGCAACGGCAACCAAUGCCACAGCCCAUGCACCUUUUCAAGAGUCUGGGGAUGCUAUUGAUUACAAGGCAAAGUCUGGCUAUGUGCUACUUAUUCAUAACUACAGCUUCCCCAAGAGGAGAGACACGGAACGCCAAUGGUCAGCGGAAGAUGUAAAAGGUCUCACUAGUCUCUUCGAUGAUUUUAAUUUCACUAUCAAGACUCGCAACAACUUGGAACAAAGUGAAAUCUUAGAACUACUGCAAGACGCAUCAGAGAAAGACUUUGGCAAAUAUGAUUGUUUUGUUUGUGUAAUCCUUAGCCAUGGUUCUAAAGAUGGAAUUUAUGGAACAGAUGAUGUUUCAAUCAACAUUGAAGCAAUUACUUCCUAUUUUCGCCGGGACAGAUGUCCAUCCCUUGAAGGAAAACCAAAAAUAUUUCUGAUUCAAGCUUGCCGUGGUAGUCAACAGGAUAGCAUACCUAUCGAGAGCGACAGUGAGCCUAUUCCAUAUGCAAGCUCAUCUCUGCCAGCUGAUGCUGAUUUUCUGAUCUGCUUUGCCUCUGCCCCUGGUCAUGAAAGAUACAGGCAGCCAGAGCUUGGUUCUUGGUUUAUUUCAGCAGUUGUUAAAAUAUUCAAAGAGUAUGCAGGAAAAGAGCAUCUCAUGGAUAUGAUGUUGAGAGUCAACAACCAUGUCGCUAAUUUUUUCAGCAACACAGGCCUCAAGCAAAUUCCUUGCCAAGUCUGCAUGCUGAGAAGAAAAGUGUUUUUCAAUCCUUCUUAUAACACUUUAUGAGCUUUGCAAUAAGUUUUGUCAUAGGAAUGAAUUUCAGGUUAUAGUGAUUUGAAGGAAGCUUAAUAUUUGGAAAGAAAAUUGUGAAAUAUUUAUAACAAGUGUGGAACAAGGAAAAAUCUGAGUACAUCAUUUGAAUUCAAACUACAGCCAGUUCCUGCAUGGUGAUGGUAGACUAGGCAGUCUUCUUCUGUUGACUGAAACUUUCAAGGCAAAUUGAAGAAGGUUAGAGUUAUACAGUGAACUUUACAAUAAAGUUUUCUUGUAUUAUAAAGAGUGCAAGUGAAAAUAGAGCAUCUUCAAGAAGCAGUUAUGAACUUUGAGUUGCCACAAACUGAAAGUCAUGUGUUCAAGUCAUAGGAGAUACAAUCGCUUAAAAAAUUACUUCAUCAAGGGAAAUGAAAAUUGAUUGGCAGGAGUGGGAUUUAUUUAAGGUUUUGAGUUACUGAAAUCACAGAUCAUAUAUGAUGGAGUCCUCAGAAAAAUUGAUUUUGUCUCAGGAUAGCACAAAUAACAUUAAAUAACAUUUAAGGAUUCAAAAUCAAACAUAAUAAAAGCAAAUCUAGUUUGAACUGUUCUGACCAUGACCUGAAACUCAUUCCAAACUUAACAACCCAAAGUAUUUAUUGACUGCAUUUACAUCUGAUGAUGUAUCCAGAGUUAGGGUUUGGGGAACACAUCUGAGCUUUUUAAAAGCUACUGAACUGUUUUAACAGUGAUGCAUUUUCUAAUGUUGAAUUUUGAAAAAUCAUAGUGUUAUGGAGAGCGCCCAUAUUUUUCUAGAGAGCGUGGCGUUACGUAGAUAUUAAAAAUAGAAUGAAGAAGUUUCCACAACAUUUAGUCAUGCUGACUCAGCGAGAACUUCUUGAUAGUACCUUCUAGAACCGUUAGUCAGCAUAUUUUCCUUAUGACGUUAUAGUAGUGUAAUGUUACUAAAAAUAGCAGUAUUACAGAUCUCUAGAACAUUCUUGAACUUUUGUGAAAGAUAUAUAAGGAGUCACGAUAGCUUAAAGUUAGAGGCCUUUUUAGUGAGUUAAAGCUGCUUUUGUGAAGAGCCCAGAGGAGCGAGAACUGGAUAGAGCUGGUGGAAUUAUUUACUGGAAUUGUAAGCCGAGUGGAAGGCUAUGUUGGAGAAAGUAUUGUGGACGUCGACAAGUUUUAAGAGUUUCUCAAGAGAACUGUGAAUUAUGCGGUAUUGCACUGAGAUUGAAGUCAUAAUAUGUUAUAGAGGGCACUAAGUCACAAGAAUAGUUAUUGUAUUGGUAUUAAUUUAAUAUCACUCCGUAGCUAAGUGAAGAGGAUAGUUAUUGUACUAGUUAUUGGUAUAGCUCCGUAGUUAUUGCAUCAGUCAUUAAAGUAGUUGGAUUGUACGAGUUGUAUCUUUCCAGCAGUUUGGAUAGUACGGUAACAAUAGUGUAUAUGCUAGUUUAGUUUGUAAAUUAUCUUAAGAGAUACUCCAGGGUUUAAUAUAACCACCUUUUCACUCUCAAGAAUAACCAAUAAGUAAUCUUUCCAUGUACAGUUUCAGUACAUUCUCUUGAAAGCAUUUGAGAAUCAUCAAACACCAACCUGGUGGUAGUGUUUCCUGUACUAUCAAUAUUUCCUAACUAACAAACUGUAAGGAAUGCAUGACAGACAGUGAGGAGAAUUGAAAUCAGUAAUCAGACAACAAGAUUGAGAGCGUCAAAGGAAAGGUUUUCAGAGAAGGUUCAGGUGUUUAAUCCUUGUACUCCCAAGAUAGGGUUGUUAAUUUUUGCCGCCAGCUGUGAUACAUUUCCUUGUUAACACGUUAUGAGAAUUUGGGGUUAGAUCAAGAUAACUUCUACAAGAUAAGUUUGAGAUAAGUGCGAGUAUUCUCAUUAUAUGUUUGCUGAAUAAUGCUGAGGUGGAUCCAGGGUUGAUUCGGGUGGUUCGGUCAAACCCCCGAAAUUGUACCUCAAAAUGCUGGAAAUCAUGUUUCCGAGGACCUAAUUUUCAAAUCUCCUGGGGGAGCAUGCGCAUGCCCUUAGACAACUCUCUGAACCCCCUUUGACCAAAUCCUGUCUCCGCCCCAGUUAUGUAUGGAUGUUAUAGAGAGAAGUUACAUGUUUAAUGCCUCCCUGGGGCAUAGGGGAUAGGCCUGUAUAUGUAACAACUGGAGAAAUUGAUAUUAAAAUUUCAAGCUCUCGUCGAUCCAUUAAUUAUUUACAUUUACAUUUAUGUGUUAUUAGGUCGGUAAAAUCAUCAAGAUAUCACACCAACCGUAAAAAUAAAGCAAAUAACUAGAUAAAGGUCAUAAGGAAACGAAUAAAAAAACAAUUAUGUUGAUGUUGAAAAUAAAAGUUAAAUUAUGAGAACUAUA